AUGUCCCAGUCUCUCCGGCCGUACCUACAGGCAGUGCGGAGCAGUCUGACAGCUGCCCUCUGCCUGUCCAACUUCGCAUCCCAGACCGCCGAAAGACACAAUGUCCCCGAGAUUGAGGCGCAAUCCUCCCCUGAAGUUCUCCUGACGCCCCUGACCAUUGCCCGUAACGAGAACGAGCGGGUACUCAUCGAGCCCAGCGUCAAUAGUGUCCGCAUAUCCAUCAAGAUCAAGCAGGCAGACGAGAUCGAGCACAUCCUAGUCCACAAGUUUACCAGGUUCCUGACGCAAAGAGCCGAGUCAUUCUUUAUUCUCAGGAGAAAGCCCAUCAAGGGAUAUGAUAUCUCGUUCUUAAUCACAAACUUCCACACCGAGGAGAUGUUGAAGCACAAGCUAGUCGACUUCAUCAUCCAGUUCAUGGAGGAGGUAGACAAGGAGAUCUCAGAGAUGAAGCUAUUCGUGGGUUGCCUCUUUGACUAA